GAGAGAGAGAGAGAGAGAGAGAGAGAGAGAGAGAGAGAGAGAGAGAGAGAGAGAGAGAGAGAGAGAGAGAGAGAGAAUGGAAUUUGAGGAGCACGAAGAGCACGAGGAGGAGAUGGAGAUGGAGAUGCAGCCGGCGCCCCCAGGUUACGACUCGGCUGGGGCGAGUUCGAGGGCCAAAAUGGGACCCGCCCUGGAGGGCACCGUCUCCACCGCAAGAAAGAGGGGGCCCACCGCCACCGCGGCAGUCACCAACACCACCACCACCCUCACCACCAUAGUCAGGUACAGAGAAUGCCUCAAGAAUCACGCCGUCAGCAUCGGUGGUCACGCCGUCGACGGCUGCUGCGAGUUCCUGGCUGCCGGGGACGAGGGAACAAUGGACGCGCUCAUAUGCGCCGCCUGCAACUGCCAUCGCAACUUCCACCGCAAGGAGCCCGAGGGCGAGCUGAUUCAUCACCAUCAGGGUGGUACUACUGGGCCCUACCACCAGAGCGGUGGGUCCCACCACCACCUCCUCCAGCACCAAUUUUCCUCGGCCUUCUAUCGCCCACCACCACCGCCAUCUGGCUACCUGAUCACCUCUCCGCACGCAAGGCCCACUCUAACCUUGCCUGCAGCAUCAGGCGGUGGCGGUGGAUCUCAUAGUAGGGACGAUGGUGAGGAUGUCUCGAACCCCAGCUCGAGCGGCGGUGGCGGUGGAGGAGGAGGAGGAGGAUUUGGGAUAAAUAAGAAGAGGCACCGGACCAAGUUCACGCAGGAGCAGAAGGAAAAGAUGCUGGAGUUUGCGGAGAAAGUUGGGUGGAGGAUUCAGAAGCAUGACGAGGCAGCGGUGGAGGAGUUUUGUGGAGAGACUGGAGUGAAGCGACAGGUUCUCAAGGUUUGGAUGCACAACAACAAGCACACCCUCGGUAAGAAAUUAGGGCCUUAAGUUAAUUGAUUAACCAUUUUAAUUUCAUUUAAUAGCUAAUUAGCUAGCUUAGCUAGCUACCUAGCUAGCUCAGAAGAGUGUUGCAGUGUAUGUUGAGUUUACCCAGUUAGAUUAUCAUCACCCAUUCAUGCAUGUACGUAAGAAA